AUGGAGGACGACGGUUACACCAACGUGUAUGUCUGCAGAGAUCGCAAGAUCGACGUGCCAUACGUGGAUGCGCUCACCAGCGUGUUCAAGGCACCUUCUGGCGGACAAAGCUCUGAUUCCGUCAAUGCCCUCAUCGUGGCUCUGGACCUUCUGAUCAAGCGGACGAAGGAUUUGAAGUACAACAAGACCAUUGUGCUAAUCACCCACGCGUCCUCCGCUCAGUUUGGAGACCCUGAUCUCCUGGAAUGUACAAAGCAGCUGGAGGCCACUGACACCCAGCUCUCGGUGACUCUGGUGGGCGACGCCGGCAAUCCUGGGCCCUGGCAGGCCUUGACAUGUAGCAGCCGAAAAGUUAGCCUUGUGACGAUUCCAGAGCUUUUGCAGCAGACCCGACUGUAUGUGAAGCCUGUGGAGCAGCGGGCCAAGGUGCGGUUGCCUUUGCUUCUUUCACCCGACAUGGAGAUCCCAGUGGGGAUCUACUCUCGGACCACGCGCGUUUCCUUUCCACAGCUGAAGAAGCAGUCGAAGAUGGCAGCGGCCAUCCCAGAAGACAGCCGGAAAACAGACAAAGUGAUCAUGGAUCGCACCUACUAUGCGACCGACGACAAGGAGGGGGAGGAGGUCAAGAAGGAAGACAGGGUGAAGGGGUUCAAGUACGGGCAGAAUAUUGUGCCCAUGUCCGAAUACGAUGAGGCCGCCCUGGCUUAUUCCUGCGAGCGAACUCUUACCACUCUGGGCUUCGCCGCGGCCGCCUCCAUUUCUCCGGAGAGUAGCAUGCACACGGUGGACACACUGGCAGCCGAUAAAGGCGACCCGUGGGCCCACUAUGCCUUCGAGUCGCUCGUUGAGGCAAUGCUCGCGGAGCAGCGGGUUCUCAUUGCACGGUACGUCUACAGGAAAGACUCGCAACCCCACAUGGUUGCCCUCAUCCCAAAGAAAGGUGCAGAGUCUGCCUCACACAUGGUCAUACAGUUUCUACCCUUCGAGGAAGAUGUCAGACCCUGGACCUGUGCUUCACUGCCGGAGCCGACGAGCGAUCAGCGCGCCGCCAUGUCCAAGAUCGUCGACGGGUUGACCUUGACGGCUGGCAAUGAGAUGCUCAGGCCGGAGGAGACGAGCAAUCCAUCCCUGGCCAGAUUCUACGACUUCUUGGCGUCGCGAGCUGUGACUCCAGGUGCUGCACUGAAACCAGCUCCCUCGGAGCUCAGCGACACGAUCCUUGCUCCACCUGCUUCUGCGGUGGCACAGCUGGAUAAGGUCUUCCCGGAGAAUGACCGAGGUCAGCUCAAGACACUGUUUGGUCUGGAGAAGGUGGAGAAAGCUGUGGGAAAGGGCGGCGCCAAGCGAUUCUGGCGCGAGGCCAUCGCUGAGAAGAGCAAGAACUCUGCCGCCUUCGUGGGCGAGGUGGACACGAAGAAGAUCAAGGUAGACGCAUUCACUGGGGUGAAGAAAAACGAGAAGAAGGACGAAGACGAAGACGCGCUGAGGAAGGUCAAAGCGGAAGACUCUCAGGGCGAAGGCACCGGUGGGAUGGCUGUGGCUGUUGGGCCACCACCCCGAGUCCACAUUGGGUCCGUCCAUCCCGAGAGGGAUUUCGAAAGAUGGCUGGGCGAGCGACGCACCGGCGGUGCGGAUGUGGUGGGUCCCGCGAUCGAGCAGAUGUGUGACGUCAUCCUUCGCUUUGCCGAAGAGGGGGAAGAGUUCCAUGGCAAGGCUCUCAGCUGCAUGGCCACCCUUCGGCGUGGAUGUGUGCGUGAGGGUGAAGCAGCGAGCUACAACGAGUUCGCGCGGAAGGUGCGCCUGCGGAUGACGAAGCGACUGUCCCUGCUGUGGGAGCGAGUCGUGAAGGAUGGAGGGCUUGGCUUGAUCACCGACACAGAGGUGGUCACCAGCACCGUCACUGCCGCGGACGCCAAAGCAUUCCUCGAAGGAUCUGAUGUUGCUACAGCCUCGGCUGUGGGCCUCUCCGCGACGGCUUCCGCACAGCAAGGUGUUCCGCCAACAGCGCUCUCGGAGAAAGAGCUUGAAGCCAUGAUCGAGUGA